AUGCAAGCGCUCCAAAAUCGUCUGGAACAGCUAGAAAAUGCAACGGGAAGUGAAAUGUGGGAAAUUUUGAAAGCGUCCGAAUCAGAUCUCCGUCAGGACCUGUCUCAACUGAAUUUGUUGAAAGAAGACAAGGAGAAACACAUAAAAAAGGCUUUAGAAGAGAUAAAAUCGAAGAAAGAGGAUUUAAAGGCGCAGAGAUCGGCCAUAGAAUCGCUGAAAAUCCAGUAUAAAGAGCAUAUAGAGGCAGUGAAGCGGGAAUUCGAGGGAAAUGGGUUGGAUAUGCAAAAAGUGAUUGGGAUAUUUCAGAAAAUUCUAAAAGAUUCGCUAUCCGAAAAGAAGGCUACUGUCAUCGCCACCGUCGAUUCUACAGUAAUCACCUCCAAAUCCACGUGGCAAGACCUAAAAACCCCCGUAAAAUCGAUAAUUUCCACGAUUUCCGGUGAUUCGGAGGUGCGGAAAAUGCUCGAAACCCGUCUGGAAGCAUUCCACGAUGCGUGUGAAAAAAUCUUUAUCUCAAAUCUCUGGUCCCUGUUUCAAAAUCAAGGAAUCCCGCUGAAAACACUGGAACAAAACGAAAAUUCCCAGAAAUUUCUAGAAAAAAUCCGUGAAAUUCUCGAAUUUUCCACAGAUUUGGACCUGAUUUCCCCAGGGAAUCACCAGAAAUCAAUCGAUAAUCUCGUUCAAAUUUCGAUAUCGCAUUUGGAGAACUUGUGCAUUGAUAUGAUUGAUAAGGAGCGGGGCGGAGACGCAGACUUUGAGUGGAUUCUCGAAAGCGGCAAGAACUGGGCGCGAAAUUUGAAAUUGGUACUGGAAAAGGGUGUGGAGACGAUGGGAACGCUGAAAAUCGAGCAAAAAUCCGGGUUUUCGGCGAUUUUCGAUGCGAAAUUUGUGGAAUUUAUUGGCAAUUUGACAAGGAGAUUCUUGAAAAUGAACAUCAAAGACCCAUUAAUCUUCUCAAAAAUGUCGAUUCUACUCCGGCGAUUCGAGGAAAAUUGUGAAUUCGAUUUAUCGAAUUCCGACAUUUUUGAACCGAUUUAUGAGCCAGAAUUUAUUAGCAAAUGGAUAUUGUUCGAAGUGGAACUGUAUACAGUAGCCAUGAAUCGUCUCCUCUCAUGCUCAUCCAAUUGCUUCCUGCCCCUCGAAUCGAUAUCAAUUGGAAACCCCAAAAAUUCGCAGUGGGCCGCCGAGAUUACGGUAUUCGUUGAGCAAUGGAUCACUCGUCUGGAUUCGAAUAUUCAAAAUUUUGGAAAUUUAGAGAUUCAAAUGACAUUUUACGAGUGUAUUCAUGCAUUGCUCAGCGAUCUGUGCUUCAGAAUUCAUUCGAUUUCGAAACGACUCGAAUCAGAAGCCACGUGGUCCAAUGAUGUCUAUUUGGUCAUGAAUUCGAUUUGGGAAUUGAAACGAAUCGUGAAAACUCAAACGCUAACUUGGCCAAUUAGCUCUUUCGAGCUAGAGCGUGCUUAUGAAAACGAAUGGGACCGGCUGUGCGGAAUGAUUAUCGAUUACUUGAAUGAGGAUUUAUUGGAUCGAUUGGAAAUAUCGAUUUGUUCGAACUACGGUGAUGAGAAGAUAAAAACGAUGAAUUCAACAUUUUAUCACAUCCUAAAAUGCCUGAAUAAUGUCACAAUCAAAGCGAGCCGCCCAUCUCGAAGUGUUUUGAUGAACUUGUUGGUGGAGGAGUUGUUCAAAAAUCUUCAGAUGAGAUUUGAGAAGUGGAAGAGUGUUUGUAGUAUGACCGUAUUGGGACACUUCUACAAUCAAAUCUAUUCGAAUCUGGUGCCCGAAUUGGAUAAUUUGGAGAAAGAGGGACACUGGACACGUGGCAAUCCGGCAAGAUCUGAGAUGUGUCGGCUGGAUGCGUUGAUGAAGGUCGCCGCGAAUUGUGACACAUCCGGUGAGCUGGUCCGUACGGCGUUCCGAUCGAUCGACGAGGAGCAGGUGCUGAAAAUGCUCGGCGAGCUGGGAAUCCAUACGACAAGCGACCACGCAUUCCUGGAUUUUCAGAUUUUGGCUGAAAAUUGGCACAAAAUUCAGGACAAAUUCUGA